UCCAGCAGGUGGCGGUGAUGCUCCUCUAAGCUGGUUUACCAAAAGAAGAAGAAGCAGCAGCAGAUCAGAGUGAGACCUCCUGCUCUCAGCGGCUGUUAGAGGAUCUGUGAUCAUCAGGAUGGCGGGCAGCGCGUGGAGGUCAAUGCUGGCCCAGAUGGUGGCGGGCUCCGCCAGGAGAACCAGAACCACUCUCUCUACAGCCUCCUUCUCCAGCUCCAGCAGAGGGAUGCAGAAAGUCACUAUGAUUCCUGGCGACGGGAUCGGACCAGAGAUCUCGACGGCUGUCAUGAAGAUCUUUGAGGCGGCUAAGGCUCCGAUCAGCUGGGAGGAGAGGAACGUGACGGCGAUUAAAGGACCUGGAGGCAGAUGGAUGAUCCCUCCUGAUGCUAAAGAGUCGAUGGACCGGAGCAAGAUCGGACUCAAAGGACCCCUGAAGACGCCCAUCGCUGCAGGUCACCCCUCCAUGAACCUGCUGCUGAGGAAGACCUUUGACCUCUACGCCAACGUGCGACCCUGUGUCUCCAUCGAGGGCUACAAGACGCCGUACACCGACGUCAACCUGGUCACCAUCCGGGAGAACACGGAGGGCGAGUACAGCGGCAUCGAACACCAGGUGAGUUUGCCGUUCUGUACGUGGUUCCACAUAAAAACAACACAGCCCUUAUUUUACUGAACAAAUACAGUUUGA